AUGACGAGGCCAAAAUACACCUCGGAGAACACGGUCUACGUGGGGGACCUGUCGCCGGUCACCGGCGAGAUGGACCUCUUCCAGCUGUUCAGCAAGGUCGGGCCGGUGACCAGCGUGCGGGUGGUGCGCGACUCCGUUACCCGCGCCUCGAAGGGGUACGCCUACGUCAACUUCGACACAACCUGGGACACCGGGUCAGUAAACAGAGCGGUUUCGGCUUUCAGCUACACCGGUCUGCAUGGCUCUAUCAUGAGAGUGAUGGCACUGGACAAAGCCCUGAAGUUUCGGAAGGACGCCAAUGUUUUCGUGAAGGGCCUCCAUCCCUCGAUCGACAGCAAGACUCUGCACGACACCUUUGAGGUGUUUGGGCACGUGGCCUGCGCGAAGGUGCUGUUCGCGCCAGAUGGCGCCUCGCUGGGAUAUGGCUACAUCCAAUACCUCGAAGCACCCCAUGCCCAGACCGCCAUUAAGAUGGCAGAUGGCACCAAGCUGAAGGGGCUGAAAAUCAAGGUGGCCCCAUUUCUCAGCCGCUCUCAGAGGAUGCACCACCCUCGUCUAAAGUGCACUAGUGUAUUUGUGAAGCAUCUGCCUGCCAGUGUGACUGAGGACCACCACCUCGCAAAGAUGUUCGAAGGAUAUGGCGAGAUGACGAGCGCAUUCGUCGCAAAGGAUGCGGAGGGGGCCCCCACUGGCUUUGGUUUCAUCAAUUUCAAGUCUCCAGAUGUGGCAGCAAAAGUUGUCAGGGAGAUGAACGGAAAGACUGUGGCGGGCAAAUGCCUGAUUGUGGAACCUGCACACAACCACAAGCAGAGGAAAGUGUACAACAACAGGUGUCAGGAUGCCCCCAAAGCCAGGCGUCCCGAAGUCAACGAACAAAAUGAAGGCGUGCAGCUGCUCGUGAAGUGCAUACCAUUCACGAUGGGAGAAGAUGCGCUGAUGCGUCUGUUUGAACACUUUGGAACCAUCACAUCAGUGAACAUUAUGAGGGAUGAAUACGGUGGCAGCCGUGGCUUUGGCUUCAUCACCUUCGCCACCGAUGCUGCUGCGCAGCAAGCAAUCGUUGAGAUGAAUGGUGCCUGCAUCAUGAGCGGAAACCGGCUUUACGUGGCAGUUGCCAAGUCACGACAGCAGGAGCGCCAGGCACCCCUGAUGCCGAUGCAGCAGCCGGCCUGUGGGCCCAACUUUGGCAUGUAUCCAUCUGGCCUUCCUGUGCCACCCCUUCCCUACCCCCCACCAGCCCUGAUGACGCCGCCCCUGCCCAUGCUGUCGCCACAAGGGCCCCACUCGCCGCAUUCAGCCAGUACGGUGGGGCCCCAAGGGCCUGCCGGAAUGAUGAUGUGCCCACUGUGGAGCAGCCCACCAGAAUGUUUUCCAGUGGGGGUGCCAGCCUGUAUGCCGCCCACCACGAUGCCAGUCCCAGACUUGCAGCUGCCGAGCUACCCACACCUGCCAGACAGCCUGGCAAGCCCAUCGUUCAGCGACUGCAUGGGGGAGUCGACCUGA